AUGUCCACCAAACCCGACCUAACUGCCCUUGUCGAGCUGACCACGACGACGCAAGCCCUGUUAACACAAUUUCUCUCGACCCUCUCACCUCCCAGUGCUGGCAGUAGCGCUCCCAGCCCCACCGACCAGCAGCCCAACAUCGACGCGCUCUCGCUGCUCAAAGAUGCCUCCUCGCUGCUAAAAGCACACACAACGAAGCUCUCGCUCCUCCUCCUCAACAAGCCCUUCACCGCCACCGCCAUCACACGUGUCCUGCGCGAAAUCACCAACACUGUGAUCCCGGCGAUGAUGAGCGGGCACCAGAUCGUCGCGGUGCGGAGCAGCGCGCACACGGCGCCGCGGAUCGUCGAGGCCGAGGUUCGCGGCCGCGUGCGUCGAGUCGUCAGCGCCGUACAGGAGGAAGUCGCGGAGACGCGCGCCAUGGCCGAGGAGGAGCUACAGCGGGAGGGUACCGGCGCUCAGAAGCCUAAGCGCGAUGCGUUGGCGAGUACGGGGCUCGUGUGGGAGGCGUGCGAUGCGCUGGCUGAGUUGCAGAGUAUGGGCGUGGUGGGACUUGUAGUGAAGAAGGCAGAGCAGUGGCGCGCGACGCUGCUGGAUGCGGUGGAGGAGUUGAAGGAGUGGAGUGAAGAGGAGGGCGAGGACGAUGAUGAGGAGGACGCUGGUGUGGGCAGUGAUGACGAGGACAGCAUGGACGAAAUGUUUGGUGGUGGCAGUGACAAGAAGCUGCCGAAGGACGAUAAGGAGCUACGGGAACAGUUGGAGAAGGUGCUGAAGAAGGUCAAGACGGUCGCGGUGCUCUACCAAGCGCUCGUCAAGCGGAGGCUAAAGGCCUAUUCUGUGAGCGCAGCUUCUGAGGACAAGAGCCAGACUGAGAAGCUCGAUCAGCUACUCGACAUUCUCAGCAGUAUACCGGACCAAAUUGACGAGGUUGCGAGUGCCUUCUACGAUCUGGACGGCGAGGAGGCCAAGAAGGUCUUUGCAGACUGCUGCGGAAAUGCGCGGAAGGCUGCCGACCUGGUCAAACAAAACUGGGAAGGCAAGGACGACGAGUUCACGGCAUGGUCCGCAAAGUUUGUCGAAGCGAUGUCCACUUAAAGCUGGUCAAACAUGCAGAAUGCCGCCGUUAAGAGCAGAAAACCCCAAACAGAGAUCACUAUCCGCAUACAGAACGCCGAAUGCCGAAAUUCUCCGUGGGGUGUAUCCAUUGCUUGUUCAUUAAGCCCAUCUCCAUAUACCGUCUCAUGCACAACCCCCGUUCCAUCUCCGUGAGCUUCUACAAAGCUGCCAUGCCCAGCAAAAGUAG